CGCAAAACGUGACAGUAUAAUUCGCGAUAUCGAGACGAGGCUCAAUUCCUUCCCAGGCUUUUUUGAUAGCACGUCCUUCCAAUCGGUCUUUCUAAAGCUGCCAUCGGUAGAAACCCAGACCAAUAAAAAUGGGCAGGGUAAUCAGAGGUCAGAGGAAAGGUGCUGGAAGCAUCUUCAAAUCACAUACCAAACACAGAAAAGGAGCAGCCAAACUAAGAGCUCUUGACUACUCAGAGAGACAUGGGUACUUGAAAGGUGUCGUAAAGGAUAUCAUUCAUGACCCAGGACGUGGUGCACCUCUUGCAGUUGUUGUCUUCAGAGACCCAUACAAGUAUAAACUAAGGAAGGAACUGUUUAUUGCAACAGAAGGAAUGCAUACUGGACAGUUUGUGUAUUGUGGAAAAAAAGCUACACUUUCCAUUGGCAAUUGUCUACCAUUAAGUGCUUUGCCAGAGGGUACAAUUAUCUGUAAUGUAGAGGAAAAGAGUGGAGACAGAGGAAAAAUUGCCCGUGCAUCAGGAGGAUAUGCCACCGUUGUAGCUCACAACCCAGAUGCAAGAAUCACUAGAAUCAAGCUUCCAUCAGGAAUUAAAAAGUCAGUCCCAUCAUUUAACAGGGCCAUGAUUGGUAUUGUUGCUGGUGGUGGUCGUGUUGACAAACCAAUAAUGAAGGCAGGACGGGCUUACCACAAAUACAAGGCUAAGCGAAACUGUUGGCCUAGAGUUCGUGGUGUUGCUAUGAAUCCUGUGGAGCAUCCUCAUGGUGGUGGUAACCAUCAGCAUAUUGGUUUCCCAUCAACUGUAAGGAGAGACACACCUGCAGGUCGCAAAGUUGGUCUCAUUGCUGCAAGACGUACUGGUCGUAUACGUGGUGCUCAAAUUACCCAAAAACAGAAGGAAUCAGAAUAGACUUGAAUGAGACUUCUGAUAAAUAUUUUGAAUAUUAUAAAACUCCUCAUCCAAA